AUGAGACUAGCGGCAGUGCUAACGUUGCUGUGCUGUCUGGCGAUAGGGGCAUUCGCCUCGCCGGUGCCCAAGAUCGCUGACAGUAAAGUGUUGUCGACGCAGAAUGUCGUUAUGACUGGUAGACAAUCACCCGCAGCGCCAGCUCCUGCUGACGACGACGAUGAUGACGACGACGACGAUGACGAUGUUGAUCUAGAUAUCACUGGCGACGAUGAUGAUGACGACGAUGAUGAUGAUGAUGACGAUGACGAUGACGACGGUGAUUACUUGGAACGUUUCAUCGAAGAUAUAAUUGGAGGAGACGAUGAUGAUGAUGACGACGAUGAAUCCGCCGGUGCCUCUCCUGCAUCCGCUGCACUCGCAACACCUUCACCCUCCGUUGUUUCGCAGCACAUACCGGCUGCAGUGGUGGCUGAUCUGAAUCAGGCCGCUGCCGAAGAAGCUGCAGAGGCAGGUGAAGCGGCCGAGGAAGACACUGGUAGCUACGAGGACGAGGAUGCAGGUGACGCCGAAGGCCAGGCUGCGUCCAACGUGCAUGAAUCGACGCUCGAAGGUGCCGAAUCCGUCUCGAAUCCGGUAUCAGUACAAGCCGUCGGGACGGCGGCAUUGCCUGGCGGCGUCGCUCCGGCGGCUGCUCUGACCCCGACGAACGACGAUGACGACGACGACGAUGACGACGACGAUGAUGACGAUGACGUAGACCUGGAUAUCACGGAGGAUGAUGACGAUGACGAUGACGAUAGCGAUGAGGAUGAUGACGAUGACGACGACGACGACGACGAUGACGACGAAGUGGAUGAGAUUGCCGACAUCGCCGGCGCCAGACACGCACGUGCUAUGGAAUCCGCGCCCAACGGUCACGUGGCAGCGAUUUAUGUGGCAAGGUAUAAUCGUUAUGUCGACACAAUCCUCACCAAGAUCAAUAACAUCCUGCGCGCCAAUUACGAGCCAGUAACUGUGAAGCUGACGAAUACAAAUUCAAGUUUCAAGUCGAACAAAAAUAAAAGUAAAGGCAAGAAGAAAGGCAACAAAAAUGGCACCAAGAAAAGCGCUUCAAAGCCGAUUGAUGCGUCCACAAUCAUUGAUAAAAUAACGUCAAGUACUGAAUCAGCCGUAAUACAAAUUAUGACAGAAAAAGAAACAAUCUUGCCGGUGGCACUUGAAUCUUCCACAGAAGUCAGUGUGAGAUCCAACAACAAACGUGCAUCAAACUCUAACAACAAGAAUUCUAAUAAAAAUCGGAAGCGAAUUAAGAAUAAAACAAAGAAUCAAAACAGAAUCGGCAGCAAGAACAAAUCCAAGAGUAGACCGAAAGCGAGAGCCACUCUGUACGGAUUAGCGUCCUUGCAGAGGACAGGCAACGUGUCAUUGAACAUGAUGAGUAAUCACACAACAAUUAAGACGAAGUUCAGUCUAGGACCACUCGUACUGAAAGUCGAGAAGGAGUUCGGUCGGGCUGCAAAAAAGGAACUGAGGAGCGCGACCGCCACUACAGCUGAGAUGUCAGGCAAGCUGAGUCUACGCGUGUUGAACGGCGGCGCGGCGACGUUGCAUUCUAUUCGAGUAUCGCAACCCAAACAGGUGGUUAAGAUAUACUUCAGACAGCACAAAACGUCUAAGGAAUCUGGGGGAUAUCCUGAGGAAUGUCUCAGGACAUCCUGA